GCAGGAUGCAUGACGAAGGCUCUCUUAGCCCAGCAACACGCAUGCACUGUAACCAUAGAAACAGACCAUACUGUCAAUUAUUAUCGUUGUUCUAUCUGUGAUACUGUGCUGUAUGUAGCCUGUCGCUAGCUGGUUAGGUAGCUAACUGGCUAAAUAUACUUUUUUUGUGGGGGAAUUUGUCGUUCAUGCCACAAGUUAUGGUUGUACGAGUAGAAGAAGUUGCUGCAUCGCUUGUGCGGGAAUUUCUCAGUCGGAAGGGACUCAAGAGAACGAUUGCCUGCAUGGAUGAAGAGCAUCCCCGCACAGAUGCCAGCAUCAACAAUAGAUCCGAUCUGCGACAAAUUCUUCACUUGGAAAGUCUAUAUAAAAGAAACAAGGCCCAAGACUGUCCCCUGAAAUCAAUGUUGGAAGUCAUUGUAAGACAUCACAUUGAAGGACAUAAAGAGGACAGGCCAGGCUUCAACAGUGAUGUCAUCCAGACCGUAUCAACUACACAGAAGUUGGUGACAAAGUCAGUGUAUGACCACAGCAGGGCAGAAGAGAACACUACUGGAUUUAUCUUCAACCAAACUGACAUGUCAAGGUCACUUUCAGAAGUUGUCUGUCCACCUCAUGGUACAUUAUCAUCAUUAGAAGUGUCAGAUACUCCCCCUACAACUACCCAGAGAAGUUUCUGGAGCCAUAGCCUUUCCUCAGAGGGCCAACAGGACCGACAGCCUGUACCCUCCUUCCUAGACAAUGACAGCGCCGCUAAAAGGGAAUCCUUUUCAGACAAAAACACGGUCGUCACCACAGAGAGUAGUCAUAAGAACAAAUCAAGCCGCCUCAGACGAGGCAUGAUGGCAGGUCCCAUAGCUAGUUCCCCCCAGGAAUCGAAUAGAAAACGUCAGACUCGACGGUUGGGAGGCCCUAAUCUUCUUCUGGCAAAUGAUGAAAACCACAAAAACAUCAGAGAUGGGCCUCUGUUGACUACUGUCCAGUCACUGAGAAUGGUUAAAGGGUUGACAGAGCUCUCCACUGCUGACCCCAUGAGAGAAAGCCAACAGCCGCGGCGCAGCACACUGGGGAAAGGAUUUGAUGAAGAUGGCUAUGGGUUUGAGAGAGUAGGAAAAGACAAGCACAAGACCAGCAAAACAAAAUCAAUGACCAAUCAAUAUGUUGAUCUGCACAUGUCGGAGAUGAUUUUGGAUGACAUUGAUGAUGAUGAGGAGUUGCGUGAGCUCUCCAGAGUGCCCUGCCACUCCUCCAGUUUGCCUCAAACCACUUCUGAUAGUCAACCCAUGGACCAGCAUACUGCCAUUGCCCUGAAAGAGCUCAUCCUUGGCUCCAGCACCAGUUGUUUCAGUGCCGAGUGGAGGAGUCAGAGUUUCACUUUCUCUGAUGCACCUGAUCUGAGAUAUGGGCUUGUUCAGAAGAAGGGUGGUCCUUGUGGAGUUCUGGCUUCAGUCCAGGCUUGUAUUCUGCAGAAACUUCUAUUUGAGGGGACCGGCAGUGACGCAGGGCACCAGAGAUUAAGACCCUCUGAUGCUGUGAGAACAAAGUGCCUCACGUUAGCCACUGCUGAGAUCCUGUGGAGGGCUGGGGAGGGGAAAAAAGCCACCAUCGCCAUAACAUCAGGAAGAAAUCAUUUCACCCCUACAGGACACCAUAGAUCUGAAGGAGUUCUAGAAAAGAUUACAUGUAUUGAUGUUGACAAUCUAAAGGACCUUCAGUUGCUUGUGGAACAGCAUAUUCAACAGUUUGAGUCGGGAGCCUUAGGGUGUAUAUUGCUCACCAUCUCUGCUAUUCUUUCCAGAUCUAUUGACCGGGUUAGAGAGGAUAUGGAUGUCCCCAACACCACACUCAUCGGAGCCCAUGGCUACUGCACACAGGAGCUGGUCAAUUUAUUGCUGUGUGGACAGGCUGUGUCCAAUGUCUUCAACAACAAUAUGGAGCUGGAUUCAGGCAAUGGAAACCUGACCCUUCUCAAGGGAAUAAGAGGUCGCAGUGACAUUGGACUGCUGUCCUUAUUUGAACAUUAUAAUAUAUGCAAGGUUGGUUCCAACCUGAAGACUCCCAAGUUCCCUAUCUGGGUGGUGUGCAGCGAGAGCCAUUUCAGCGUGCUCUUUGGUGUGCAGGAGCUGCUGAGUGACCAGUGUGUGAUCGGGGAGUUUGACCUGUACUACUACGACGGCCUAGCCAAUCAGCAGGAGGAAAUCUGCCUAACUGUCUCUUUAGGUACCUCAGGAAUAUCUCCUGGCUGCCAAGGUAUCGACACUGAUCUCAUUCCUCCUCUUGAACACUGUAUACGGACCAAAUGGAAAGAUGCCAUUGUCAAUUGGAAUGACACCGAGCCCAUACUUUGACUGGCUAGUGGAUAGAAGGUGAUGACUGUAGAUGAGACUGGGACGACCCCAUGGCUGGAGACACAAAAUAUACUGCUUUCUUAUUGCAAAAUAUGCCCUUAAGCAAACACUUUUAUCCAAAGCGAAUUAUAGUCAUGCAUGCAUGCAUACAUUACAGAUUAAAUAGAAUUGCUUACAGUAGCGGUGCAUGGGUAAAAUCACUGGGGAAGCCAAGCCCCCCCCACCCAAAAGCCAUAUUAUAACCUACUAUGUGUGUUGUGAUAAUUGCAUUUUUUGCUCUAGAACCUGUUAGUUCAUAUGCCUUGCCACUGUGAUAUAUAGGCCUAUGGCCGAGACAGUAAGAAGACAUAGUGGCAGAAUAAAUUCAACCACACCUUUGUUUCAUCACAAAACUGAAGAGAAACCUCUGUCCGGUGAAGUCCACAAAGCAUAUUUCAUGUAGCAAACAGUUAUAUGACCUACAGCAUAGUCAAGCAAGUUAAUGUUUCUGACUUUUCACUAAACAACUAUUGAUUUAGAACCACAGAGUUACCAUAAGUCUCAAAGAAAGCAGGAGCUGCCUCCACUAUUCCAGCACCAUUUCUACUUCAACAUUUCAACAUCAUCAAGUGAAAUCACCCAUGCUUGGUCUAAUACAGUGACAACUAAAAGAUACCAAAAACGAUUUAGUCCUAUCAACAUAAGCCAAAUGUGAUAUGGCUGUCCAUGGUUCUGCUUUCUCUCUGUGUGUGUGCGUGCAUUCGUGCAAGUAUAAAAAAACAUGUUUACUCACCCUACUUGUAGAGACACGCCAAUGCCAUCAUCCUCUUUCAUGUUGAUGAAAUGGUCUAUGAUUCUGUCAUACAGUACACACUUUUAGUUUUGUUGUCCUAGGGUACCUGGCUAAAAUGCUUUCUAGCUAGCUUAACUUCUUUCAUGAGCAACAAUGAGCCAGGCCAGCUAGUUAACAUUAGUCUACAAUGUCUAGCUACAUAUUGAACUUCCAUCCUCUCAGGCCAGGGGCACAAUGUAUGAAUUAAUGGUUGGAUCAUUAUCACCAUUAUAAUCAUUGGCCAGUAUGGAGAAUUAAAGCUGCAUUAUGUAACUUUUUGGUCGUCCUGACUAUAUUCACAUAGAAAUGGGAGUUAUAGAUCUGUCAUUCUCAUUGAAAUCACGUCUUAAGAAGCGGUAGAUCUGUUCUAUGCGCACAAUUUUUAUGCUUCCCGGUCUUAAGUUUGGUUUUUGUGUCUUUUACUUUCGGUUUUGAACGCCAGCUUCAAAUAGCUGAAAAUAUUUUUGGUUAUGGAAAAUAUAUUUCACUGCAGUUCAGAUGGUACAAUGAUUCUCUACACUAUUCUUGCUUGUUUUGUCACAUAAACUGAAAUUAGGUGAACUAUUAGACUUUUAACAACCAGGAAAUGGCAGUGUGCAUCUUUAUGUAAAACCACAAGUGCAAAUCCCUAUCUCCAUCCAUGGCUAAUUUAGGAAAGGGACAAUUUUAGCUAACUAGCUAGCUAGCCACCGGAGGACAACAACAUAACGAGAUGCAACAAUUCUAGUUUUUUUCUGUCAAUUCAAUAUUAGGAUGGUAUUGUUAAAGUUGCGCUAUGCAGAAAUCGCUCCGCCAUUUCCUGUUUGAUGAAACUCUAAUAGUUAAUCUAAUUUUAAUCUAUGUGACAAAAUAAGAUGGUACAGUGUAGAGAAUCAUUGUACCAUCUAAACCACUGUGAAAUAUAUUUUCCAUAACCCAAAAUAUUGUAUUUUCAGCUGUUUUGAAGCUGGUGUACAAAACCAGAAGUAAACGAUGCAAAAAUAAAACUUAAGAAUGGAAAGCAUAGAACAUAUCUACUGCUUUUUAGACUUGUUUUCAAGUUGAAUGAUAGAUCUAUAACCCACUUUUCUAUGUGAAUUUGGUCAGGUCGCACAUAAAGUUACAUAUUGACACAUUUAAUGUAAGUUACAUAUUGCCACUUUUACUGUUUUGGAAAGUCGGUGUAUUUGUAUUGUAUAAAACAGGGUUCUCCAACCCUGUUCCUGGAGAGCUUCCAUCCUGUCGAUUUUCGUUCCAACCCUGUUCCUGGAGAGCUUCCAUCCUGUGGAUUUUCACUCCAACCCUGUUCCUGGAGAGCUUCCAUCCUGUGGAUUUUCGCUCCAACCUUAAUCUAGCACACCUGAAUCGGGUUAGAGUGAAAUGGGGUCGCUCUCCAGGAACAGGGUUGGAGACCCAUGGUAUAAAGUAUAUUAUUUGAAUAAAUAUUAUUGUAUUUCAUCAACAACCACGUGUUGACACGAUCAUGGAGGCCGUUUUGUACAUGUUAAUUUACAUUUGAAUCAUUUAGCAGACGCUCUUAUCCAGAGUGACUUACAGGAUCAAGUAGGGUUAAGUGCCUUGCUCAAGGGCACAUUGCCAGGUUUUUCACCUAGUCAGCUUGGGGAUUUGAACCAGCGACUUUUCGGUUACUGGCACUUAACCACUAGGCUAGUCGCUGUCCCCAGGUCGCCUAAUUGUUUCUGAAUGCCUGAAGAUGUUCUUGUUAUAAGUGGUGCAGGAAAUGUUGAUUCCUACGCCUUAAAACGAGUCUUUACCUCAUCGUUUCUUACAUGGACAUGCCCAAUAUAAAGAGGAGUGCCUUGGAUUUGGCGUAGCCUAUGACAUGCAGCUUUGAUGACCAUCAGUCUUAAAGGUAGAGUCAGCAGUUAUUUCUGCAACAGCUAAGAGCAUCUUGCAUCUCGCUCAUCACAAUAUCAUCUGUGCGGCUUGUGGCAGCGUCAUUUAGCUCACUCUACCGUUUAAUGUAUGACAAUAUCCAUAGGGUAUUAUUACAUUUCAAACAUUAUUCUAUUACAUGACGUAUAUACUACAUAUCUAACCAUUUGAUGUUAUUUGUGAAAUGGACGUGUGUAUUUUUGACUGUAAAACAUUUGACUGUAGAUGUUUUAUUUGAAUGGUCAGAGUUGUAAACUAAUUUGUUUUAUUAAUUUAAAAGUUGUGGAUCACCUGUA